AUGCUGGAACAACCACGGAAAUCAGGAACCAAAGUGAUCUCUCACAUGCUGGCUAGUCACGGGGGUGAAAUCUUCAUCCACACACUCUCCAUUUCCCGUUCUAUCCUUGAAGAUCCACCUUCAAUCAGUGAGGGAAGUGGUGGUCGAGUCACUGAUUAUCGAAUAACGGAUUUUGGAGAGUUCAUGAAAGAGAACCGUUUGACUCCUAUUUCACCAAAUCCAGCAAUUGAUGAAGUUCUUCCGAUUGAAAGAGCAAAGAAACGGCUUGAAAGGCUGACAAGGUACUGGCCAAUGGUAAUCAGUGACACAUUAAUUUUCAACAUGAGAACCCAAAUUGAGCCAAUCCCGACUUUAAUAAUGAAGGAAAAACUUGAUGAAGAUGAGGUUAUGGAAUGUCGCAAAGCAAUUUUUAACAUCUUGGGAAUGGAGAGCCGAAAUGAAGCCUUCCCUACAACAGUGACUGGUUCCAGAGGAAAAGGACCCAAAAGAGAGGAACAGUAUCGCCAGUUCUGGAAUGAGCUGGAAACUCUUAUUCGAUUCCACUCAGACACUUCCCCGAUGCACGGCAAAGUUCUUGAAUGUUUACUUGACUGCAAAAAGCCAACUGAAGACUCUAAGACAAUCACAUCACCCAAACGUGGCAGUGAGAAGGUUGCAACCAAAGAAAAGAUGGAAGUAUCAGAAAUUGACCAAACUUGGAAAGAACUUGAUAAAUUUCAGAAAAUGACAGAGCGUGAAAAACAAGAAAUGAAUUCAGGAAGUGAUUCCAAAAGUGAAGCUCCUCCUCACAAAAUGAAGAAACCAAAUUCGGAACCAACCAGCAGAAAUCUUGGUGGACAGAGCAACCUGUUUGCCAUGUGGACAAAUCGAUUGAACCAGACCCAAUCUAAAAUCCAUGAAGAAUUUGCAGGACGAACUGAGCAUGAUGGCAAUGGACCUGCAGAACUUUAUGCCCAUCUCAAAGAAGAAAAUCAAGCGGAAACUGGUGAGAACACGCCACCAAAAACACAAACAAAUAAACGGUAA